UUUUAGGUGGAACAUUUCUGUUUGCUAAUUUACGCUCCUCUCACUGCUAGGGUUUCUCUUCAGUCUUCCCCCAUUUCCAGCCAAACUAGGGUUUCUGUCACACGAAAGCCUCAAAUCUACGAUCUGGAAUUUUAAAACUUUCAACACUUAAAUUGAACAUAUUCUCAUCUUACGAAAGCAAUGGCAACCAUGGCAGCUCAAGCACCACGCGCAUCCAAGACAGAGAGCUAUGUCGACAACAAACGGAAGGACGAUAUCCGUAUGGCGAACAUCAAAUCGGCACGCUCCGUCGCAGACGCCGUCCGUACCAGUCUCGGCCCGAAGGGAAUGGACAAGAUGAUUUCAACAGCCUCCGGAGAAGUCAUCAUCACUAACGACGGCGCCACCAUUCUCAACAAAAUGGAAGUGCUCCAGCCCGCCGCCAAGAUGCUCGUCGAACUAUCAAAGUCACAAGACGUUGUCGCUGGUGAUGGAACCACCACCGUCGUCGUCAUCGCUGGUGCACUCUUGAAACAAUGUCAACAACUUCUUCAUUCCGGUAUUCACCCCACUGUUAUAUCUGAUUCUCUCCACAAAGCCUCCAUGAAAGCGGUUGAUGUUCUUACCGCCAUGGCAGUUCCUGUUGAGCUCUCCGAUCGCGAAUCUCUCGUUAAAUCCGCAUCUACUUCCCUUAACAGCAAGGUAGUUUCACAGUACUCUACACUUCUAGCCCCUUUAGCCGUAGAUUCCGUUUUAUCUGUUGUGGAUCCUGCAAAACCCGAUUUAGUUGAUCUUAGGGAUGUGAAAAUCGUGAAGAAACUCGGUGGUACUGUUGAUGACACAGAGCUUGUCAAGGGUCUAGUAUUCGACAAGAAGGUUAGCCACGCUGCUGGUGGUCCUACUCGUGUUGAGAAUGCCAAAAUCGCUGUCAUUCAGUUCCAGAUCUCUCCUCCCAAAACCGACAUUGAACAAUCCAUUGUAGUAUCAGAUUACACCCAAAUGGAUAGGAUCCUGAAGGAAGAGAGGAAUUACAUUCUCAGCAUGAUCAAAAAGAUCAAAUCCGCUGGUUGUAACGUGUUGUUGAUCCAGAAAAGCAUUUUAAGAGAUGCAGUUACAGAUUUGUCUCUCCAUUAUCUUGCAAAGGCCAAAAUUUUGGUGAUUAAGGAUGUUGAACGUGAUGAUAUUGAGUUCAUCACCAAGACACUAAACUGCUUACCAAUUGCAAACAUUGAACACUUCCGUGCUGAAAAACUUGGGUAUGCUGAUAUGGUAGAAGAAGCUUCUCUUGGAGAUGGAAAGAUUGUUAAGAUUACUGGAAUCAAAGACAUGGGUAGAACAACAACUGUUCUUGUUCGUGGAUCCAAUCAGCUUGUUCUUGAUGAAGCAGAAAGAAGCUUGCAUGAUGCUUUAUGCGUGGUGAGGUGUCUAGUGAACAAAAAGUUUCUAAUUGCAGGUGGUGGGGCCCCUGAAAUUGAGCUGUCUAGGCAGUUGGGUGCAUGGUCAAAGGUGUUGCAGGGUAUGGAGAGUUAUUGUGUGAGAUCUUUUGCUGAGGCUCUUGAAGUUGUUCCCUACACUUUGGCUGAAAAUGCAGGGUUGAAUCCAAUCACCAUUGUUACAGAGCUUCGUAACAGACAUGCACAGGGUGAAAUCAAUGCUGGAAUCAACGUGAGGAAGGGGCAAAUUACAAAUAUUUUGGAGGAGAAUGUGGUGCAGCCAUUGCUUGUGAGCACAAGUGCUAUCACUUUAGCUACUGAAUGUGUUCGGAUGAUUUUGAAGAUUGAUGAUAUUGUUACAGUGAGGUAGAUUUGAUGCAAAAACUCAUCACAAGUUUUUGGGAGAUCUUUAUCAUGGUAUGUUUUUGAUUUUUUUUUUUUGGAGAUUUAUGUUUUAUGUUUAUGUAAACCUUCUUUUUUGUAGUUUUGACUUGAUAUUUUUGGUUUUCAUUAUAUGACUGUUUCUUGGUAUGAUUAUCUAGAAUUUCUCAUCAUCUGUGUUGGAAACUUUCUGGAUUAAAAGUUUUGCUGCAUUCCACA